GUCAAAUGUCAUUUCGGCGAUAGUUUGCCGAACCUACAGACUGCGAAUGUUAAUAUAUCUCAAAAGUCCUCCGGGCAGAGGCCUUCCUCAGUACCAACACAUCACAUACUCGCCAAAAAGUCUAGCGAUAACUUCACGUCACGUUCAGAUGGCUGAUCCAAUCGACACGAAAAACAGGGAACUCAUGGAUUACCUCUUUGAGAAGAAGGAAGAGGUGCCAAAUGAAAUUUACGUCACCUUGACAAAUAUAGUCAAGAAAAAGCAGACUACCAGUAAUAAAUACUUUAAGGUUAAGUACAGUUUAACCGAAGCAAUUGCUGUCGCCCACGGAGGAGGUGAUGACGAGGACAUGGAGAUAACAAUGAAAUACAAGACCAAAAGUCGUGAGGGAAUCCUUCGCCAACUAAAGUCAGGAGAACGGGUGGAUAGAUCUAUUUUUGACGAUAUUUUGGACGGUUAUGCUCCCAUGGAUAUUACCGCGUUUAGAGACGCGACGGGAGUUGUGGGAGCAACAUUUGUGAAGACAGAAUGGCUACUAGACAACGUCAGUUAUACUAUCGGCAAACUAUCGCCGAAAUGACAUUUGACGAAUGUCGAACCUACCAACUAUAUAUUUAACAUUCGCAGUCCGCAGGUUCGACAAACUAUCGCCGAAAUGACGAAUGUCGAACCUACCAACUAUAUAUUAACAUUCGCAGUCCGUAGGUUCGACAAACUAUCGCCGAAGUGACAUUCGACGAGUUAACCAGGUAAUUGUCGAAUGUCGAACCUACCAACUAUAUAUUUAACAUUCACAGUCCGUAGGUUCGGCAUACUAUCGCCGAAAUGACAAGUGGCGGGUUUAUCAGGUAAUUUCGUAUUAUAUAAAUCAGGUUAGCCGCGCGGGUUUUCGUAACGUGCGGGUUAGGGUUCGCGUCCGGGUUAGGGUUGCGUAACGUGCGGGUUAGGUUUUAUACGAGCUGGACCUUUAAAGGUCCAGCUCGAUGGGCGGGCGACAGCGACGGCGGGCCCACCGGCCCAGGAGACCCCAAAACCUACUUUAAAGGCCUCCGUGAAAGUGCGUGACGAGUUCUCGAGCGCUUAGGUUCAAUUCGCCCUACCCGGCCCGGGCCGCGCGCGGUUUGAGUGUCACUGGCACAAGUUGAAUUGAAGGCCAUCAUGAUUCAUUGAUUGUCGUUUCCUCAUGGGUGUCGUUUUGCCAUGGCGACGCCGAUGAGAUACUGUUGGUGCGAACCAAGGUUUAUCUUCACCUGGUUAGCGAUCAUGCAUAUAGGUUGCGCAUUAUUAAUAUAUUCGUCACCGUGACAUUCAGAGCGUCCAAGUUUAUAAAUAUACUACUUGUCGUUUUUUAUAUCAUUUUGGAGAUCAGAGGUCGGUUGUCCUGUGAGCGCAGCAAAUGGGGCUUAAUCGACCUCUAAAAUAUCGAAAGGUGUAAAAAAUGCUACGUCUGUGUCUGUCAUCAUCUAUCGUUCAUUGACGGUUCAAGUUACGUGACCGUGACCUUAUCGCCGUGUCCGAGUUGAAGCUCGAUUGGGCAUCCUACCCCAAGCAGGAUGAAGGCGCUUUAGGAGCUUGUUCCUUUUCUCAGGUCCCGCUUAAUUAAUAAAUUAAAACUAACUUCCUUCAUUCAAAUGGACGAUUGCUAGGCUAGGCUGUAGCAUGGGUUUUCUGCAGGCUAUUUUCCAUUUCCAUCACGAGAGUUUGGAGGAGCCCGGCGCCGUUAAUCACGGCGGUGGCAGCAACUAGCACGGUGAAUGGAAAGUCGGGCCGGCGCGAAAGCAGGCGCAGCGCUGCAAUCUCGGCGUACGUCACUCCUCCAACAAAAACAACAACCAGAACGGGCUUGGCACCGGGGCUCGCUGGUGACCCGGGUGAAACACGGUGCAGCGCGCCGGCGGCGAGCACGCCCGCCCCGGCGUCGUCGAACGCGCAUCCAAGUUCCUCGCGCGAGAACGCACGGGGUGCAUAUGCAAGAUGCGGGAGGCCGGGAACUUGCGGGAGCGCCGUAGCGAGUGCGGCGUCAUCCGGCGCGGCGAUCGCUUCGACGAGGCGGACUGAGAUCGGCGCAUAGCCCGAGGAAACCUGUGCAAAUGCGAUCUGUCGGUGACAAUUCCGCCUGUCCCCCUCAGUCUGGGCAGUGCAAUAUCCCAUCCGGGGUCCGCUUAGGUAUAGGCGCGCAGUGCAGGGAGCCCGGCACGGGGCGCCGA